AUGGCGGACGUAUUAUUAUCCCUAAAACGUGCUGUUGUGCAUCCAAGUACAGGUGUUGGAGUUGUUAUACCAUCUCUUGGAGCAUCGUCUUCCUCAACUUACUUCCAUCCUAACAGUAGCCAGUUACCAUCUUUAUCACCAAUGUCACAGUCGUGCUACAACCCCAUAGGGAUAAAUUUUGGAGAAAGACCCUCCUCACAGAGUGUCAGCUCUCCAGGAAAUUGUGUUUCUUACUCUUUGUAUCCCCAAUUACAGAUGAGUAGCAAUAGCUCCUUGGAUUCUCAAAGGAUACUACGCUAUAAAACAGAUAUUCCUCCUCCCACACCUCUAGACAUAGGUGAUUGUAAUGGAGCUUCUCAGCCUAUACAGCCACAAGGGGGCACGAUAUUCCCAACAUCAAUGAGUGUUAAUUUAUCUAUGAAUAUGACCAUGGCAGUUUCAGGUUUUGGAGAACAUAAGCUCUAUACUGGUCUUGAAGAAGCUAAACCAAAGGUUCAGUGGAGUGCUUCUAUAGGAGCUCCUGGAGAGUGCAGAUAUACCCAAAUGCAAGCGGAUUGCGGACAAGUACAGGCGGCUCACAGCUCUCUUCCCUCCCCACACCACUCAUCCAGUACUUCAGGGAUAUGUUCUUUUACUGCUGAACUACAGCCUGGUGAGACCGUCACUCUUCAGCCGUUGGAUAAAGAGUUCCCCCCUAACAUUUCUCCUCUGAAAUAUUGGAACACUUGUGUUCCAGGAACAAAACACCCAGAUAACAACUAUCAUCACUUGGUAGCUACAGGGAAACCCCAGCCACGGUUUGUACCAGUUGCUCCUUACACAGGACACUUUUUCUCUCAAAUGGGUGGUAUGGGAGAUAUUUUAUCAUCUUGCACUAAGCCUAACUUGUGUCGAGUAUGCGGUAAAACCUAUGCACGAUCAAGUACUUUGAAAAUACACUUGCGCACACAUUCUGGGGAGCGACCUUAUUGGUGCAACAUGUGUAACAAGUCUUUUUCCCAGGCGGCUAAUCUAACUGCACACAUUCGUACUCAUAGUGGCGAAAAACCUUUCGGAUGUCCUCUCUGUGAACGACGUUUCUCUCAGAGCUCCUCUGUCACCACGCACAUGCGCACACAUUCUGGUGAACGACCGUACUUAUGUAAUAUAUGUAAAAAAACAUUUUCUGACAGUUCUACUUUAACAAAACACUUACGAAUUCAUAGUGGAGAAAAACCAUAUGAAUGUAAAUUGUGUCUUUUGAGGUUUUCCCAGUCUGGAAAUCUCAAUCGGCAUAUGCGUGUACACACAAGCACAGGAUAA